CCGGGGGUCUUGCCUUCCUCUUUCGUCACCUUUCGUACCCUCCGGCCUCACUCUUUCGACGACAAGAUGGAUGGCGAGCUCUUGCGCGUAUGGCAGCUCGUCCACGAACUCAGCGAGCAGCUCGCGCACAACCAAAAGCUUACUGCGACUCUCCAGUCUCAGGCUAGAGCUCUUCAGACCCAGGCCUCUCACAAUAGCAGUGGUUUCGUUCUGAGACGCUUUAAUACGGAUAUUACAAAAGAGGUAUUCGAGUCUGAGUUGGAGAGAAUGAACGCGCAAAUCAUCAUCGAAAAUCAGACACUGUUACACGAGAACAAGCAACUGAGCAUGCUGCUCAAGGAGUAUGAAGGCACGAUGGACACUGUCAUGACCAAGUUCAGAAACCAUGCUUUGGCAGCUCAACAACAUGAGCUGACGCUUACGAGACACUAUGAAGGCCUGCUUAUGGCUCGUGAAAAUCAGACGUUAUCUGCAGACCUGUCCUCAUCGACUAACAUGGCACGAUCACUUCAGCGAUUAUCACACAACCUCCGGAAUCUACUUCGCUCCAUGGCCGGGGAGAACCCUGAUGCAGAACCCCAUCAUCUGCGGUCCCAGUCCGAGGCUGAAUAUGAAGAUGGCUCCUCGGACCAGCUCAUUGAUCCCGUCGAACUCCAGUCACUUCUGGAUGCGUUGGACGAGCAUGCAACUUACACAAAUGCUGCUGGGAGGGAAGAUUGGGCCAUAGAACGCGAAUGCGAGAUUGCACGGUUGGAGCGGGAGAACGGCGAGUUGAGGAGAAUGCUAGGUAUCGACCCUUCAAGUAUGGCGGAGACUGGCAUCGAUAUGGACGCAGAGGUGGAGAGAAUGGAACGGCGGAGGCAUCCGGAGCUUUCGCAGCGCCAGAGGGCGGGUGGGCAUGGUAGAGAGGACAGCGGUGAUGUCUACUGGCCAACUAAUAGCGCCAGCCAGCAGCCGCAGCCGUACCAGGCCUCUACCACACCCCAGCCGGGACAAACAAAUGAUGUGGGUACAAGGCUCCAGAGAGCCUUGGAUUUCCCCGGCAUGCGAACUGGUACUCAAGGCAGACGUCCAGGAAUGUUUGGUACUACUGGACAGCGAGGGGGAUUGGGUCGAGGUGCUAUAGGCGGUGCCCCGCCGCCCCCGCCUCAAAGCCUCUGGUCCAAUCAACCUCCAUCGCCUGCACCACCCGUCAUAUCUGAUCGCCUUUGGCCAUCACAAGGUGGAUCGACGCUUGACCUGAGCAGAUGAAAGUCGUUCGUUUUAUGGUUAUAUUUUUUUGUUUCAUUUUGGAUUGUACGACGGGAUCAUGCAGUUUAAUUUAUGUAGACAGGGACACGUGUACUUGGAUAGAGAUUGUUAUUUUUGCUAUGAUUGCAGAUAUUAUCAUUUGCGUAGCCUUUCUAUGUCCCCUCUGUCGUGGACACGUCGCCGAGAAUAAUUUACAAGUAUUCUUGGUGUGAGG